AUGAUAUCUGGCAUUGGCAUAUUCGAUGAGCAAAAGAAUGCUUUAAUUACCAGGAAUUUUUCGAAUCGUGCUCUUUUUGAGUCGCUAACGGGGUUUUUCAAAAUCGCUGAAUUAAAGAACGAUACCUAUGGCCCAGUACUUUUGAAAAACGGCUCUGCCAUCAUAUUUAUACAGAGAGAUGGCCUGUAUUUCGUUUCGGUGCAGGCACAUGCCGCUAGAUGCAACGUUAUGACCGUGGUGGUUUAUCUGGAUCAAUUCUAUCUACUGUUGAAAAGGUAUAUGGCGACAAAACGUCUGGACCGAAUGUGCAUUAUCGACAACGUGAACCUAAUAUAUGAGUUGUUGGAUGAAACCACGGAAUACGGGGUCCCACAAUUGACGGAGUACAACAUUGUGCAAGAUUUUAUCAAAGUACAGGUUAAUUUACCGUCCACGAAUUCUGGAAAGGCGCAUAACGAAGCUUUAGAGAGUAGCGAGGAAAGCGAUAAUGAUGGUAAUGAUUACGAUGACCAGCAGAUGCUUAAAUCUUGGAAGAGGCAAUCAUUUAGGAAGGAAAAAAAAUCUAAACAGUCGUUGUCGCACGGUUUGGGCGACGACGAACAGUAUAUCAACAGUUUCAUUUUGCGAACAACGACGCAAGCGGUGUCGUGGCGUCCUAAAGGUAUCCAUUACGCGAAAAACGAGUUCUUUCUCGAUGUUGUCGAGGGUUUAGAGCUGUCAGUGGAUGUACAACAAAAGAUAGUUCGGAAACAUUUCAUUCGUGGCCGAAUCCAGUGUCGCUCUUACCUUUCUGGUAUGCCACAACUCAAGAUUUGUAUUAACAAAAUGCAAAAAAACAGAGAAGCUUUUUUACAAACGGCAAAAUUUCACCAAUGUGUAUCACUGGACAAUCUGAGAACCGGAGAGGCCAUUGAGUUGAUACCUCCGGAUGGAGAGUUUCUUCUCUGCGAAUACACUUUGAAACGAAGCAUCAAAGACCCGCCUGUGAUUCAACUCGCCGCAUUCGAAGUGACACCCAACUUCAAAAAGUUUAAGCUUAAUGUCAGUGUUACGAUAGAACCACAUUUCAAAGCUCAAAAUUCGACUUCGAGCCUCAACGUGCGAAUACCUUUAACCAAGAUAUUUCACGAGUACAAAAUUGACCUUACCAAGACUCCACGCUUCAAGUGCGACACCGGGACGGUCGCAUUCAAUCUUACAGAUGAUCUUCUGCUCUGGACUGUGGGUUGUAUAAAAGGUGGCCAUGGAGAAAACUCCCAUACGAUGCAUGCCCAAUUCUAUUUGUUCGAUGAAGAACAAUUCAAAAAAGAACAGGAAGAGCUCAAAAAUUCGAUGGAUCCACCACCUCUACGAGAAGGUUUGCAAUUGGAGAAGCUUUACAACAAGACGCAUCGAGAUCCGGACAGUUUAACGAACGCACCGCGGGCUGCCAUUACCGCGGAUUUCGAGAUUCCUUACUACACCUGCAGUCGACUGAAAAUCGAAUACUUGAAGAUAGAAGAAGAUCAACUGCACUACCAGUCAUUUCCGUGGGUGAGGUACAAGACUGUUAAUGACAAGGAAUAUGCAUUUCAAAUUUAA